GCUCACAGCCUGGGGAUCACGGCGCCGUCCGCGCACGCUGCUUCGCCCUUGUCUUCCGUGCAGCGCAGGCAUGAAUGGGGGAGCUUCGGCGAACCAAUCGGACCAGCACCUGCCGAAGGAGCCGCCAGAUGCGCAGGAAGAGCGCAUCCGCACCGUCGUGGUCAAGCCUCACCUGGCCACUGACGCCACCCAGUUGUCACUGCAAGAGGGCGAGAUUGUGAUCGUCCUGGAGCAGGACGAGUCCGGCUGGUGGGGCGGCCACAAGGAUCGUGAGGAAGUCACAGGAUGGUUUCCAGGAUCUUGUGUGCGGCAGGUGCAGGCCGAGCCUAUGCAAUGGCCAGACAUCGACUCCGUCCCAAAUGAGGUGGAGUCCCCUGUCGGCGGAGAGGAUUCGUUUGGGAACCAGAUGAAGCGAUGCUGCGCGGCACUGGAGGGCGAAGACCAGAGCCCGGUGCAGCAGCACGUGCGUGUCCGUCUUGUGGCCACGCCGCAGCGAUGCAGCCAGGCGAGCCAGCUCCGUGCCUCUCCGCCGCGUGAGAGCCAUCCCCCCACCGUGGACGACCUGGCGGCAAGCAGCACAGAGUCGCUGUUCGCCCAGCCGUGCGGUGGCGCGGACGAGCAGGCCUCGGAGCGCGCCGAGCUCCAGCGCUACGUUUCCGAGCUGACGGACGCCCUGGGCGCUCUCAGGCAGCAGGCGGAGUCCGAGCGGGCGAGGGCCGCCGCGCUGGAGUCCUCGCUGCAGGAGGAGCAGAAGUGGCGGCGGCAGCUGGAGCAGCAGCUGGAGGAGCUGCUGCAGGGCGACAGCGCCGAGAAGACCAACCUGCGCGCCGAAGUGGGCGCUCUGCGCGGGCUGCUGGACGACGAGCGGCGGCAGCGGCGCGAGGAGGUGGAGCGGCUGCAGGAGCGCUGCGACGCAGCGCUCCGGGAGGCGCAGCGUGCCGCGGCGGACGACCUGCGCCCCUCGGAGGAGGAGCCGCGGCGUCCCUCGGCCGAGCCCGCCCCCGAGAGGGACGCCCGCAGGCGCUUGUUCGACGAGGCGCCAGACCACAGCCGGAGCCACCGCGGCUCCCAGCCCGUGGCCCACGUCGCCGCGCCCGCGCCCGCGGGCGGCGGCAGCGGCGCCGGGCACGGGAGGCCGCGCACCGCCUCGGCGCCCGGGCCGGGCGCCCUGCGCGGCCGGCACUCCGCGGUCCGCCGGGACGAGGCGCCGCCGCCCGGCUGCGUGGCCGAGCGCGUCCGCGCCCUGGAGCAGCAGCGGCCCAGCACGCCCGGGGCGGCGGGGCCCGCGCGGGAGUGGCGCGCCAGCAGCUACUCGUCGGAGGACCGCCGGGCGCGGCGCACGCCGCCGGUGCCCAGGCACUGCCAGGCUCCGAGCGCGGGCGGCGCCGAGGCGUGCGAGGAGGCGGCCCAGGUCUUCCUGGGCAUGUCGCCGCUGGGCCGGGGCGGCCAGGCCGCGGCCGCGGCAGCUCUGGCGCCGUCGCCACCCGUGCGGCUGCAGCAGGCGGAGGGGGGUGCCCCUGAGGUGCAGCCGGCCGGAGACGGCAGGCUCAGGCUCUCGUCGUCGUGCCGUGGGCUCGCCAGCGAGGCCGCCUCCGAGCGUGCCCGCGUGCUGCAGGUGUGGUGACGUUGCGGAGCCCCGAGAGAGGGAGAGAGAAAGAGAGAGAGAGUCGCCACUGGGCGGAGCCUCGCGGGGUUCGCCCGGGGCGAGGGCUCCCAGCGGCAUGCUGCAUCCCUAGUCGGCAUGCUCGUGCAGACGAGCCCGUGGCAUUCGAUCUGUGGCUCAAAGGUGGGGGGUCCCGAGGCAUGGGGUCCUCAGACGAAACCGUGGCACUGCGUCGGUGCAGGAUUUUUAGAAUUAGCGCAUAGAGACGUCAAUGGAAGCGAGGCGAGCCACAUGUUGCCGCGAAAGCUCGGGUCUCUGAGGAUAGCCGCUGCUCGGGCAGCACCUCUCGGGUUCCAGGGCUUGUUUCAUGUCGCCAGCUGCUCAAUUAGUGCCGGGCCACAGCCCACAUGCACGGCUGCUUCGUUGGCAGCCAUGUACUUUGCUGACCUCGGUCAAUGCAAUGCACGCGCCGAUUUUUUUCCUCAGAGCCUCACGCGCUCGUCGUGGGCACACCGCGUACGUACACUGCCUUCAGGCCUUUCUCAAGAAGCGGAGUUGGCGGCUCGAAAA